AUGAAGAGGCGCAAACUCCAGCAGCAAAAGCUGGGCCCGGGGACAUACAACAUCAAGGACUUCCUGCAGGAGACAAGGCCCUGCAGCCUCCGGGGGAUCUGCAACACCAGGGAGCAGCGGUUCCGGGACGUGCACAAGGAUUUCACCCCUGGCCCCGGCAUGUACGGGAACCCCUACGUGCACCUGGCGGAGAGGGACCAGCGCUCCGCCGGCACGCGGGGGCUGAUGGACAGCAGGACGCCCAAGUGUGCCCUGCCAGAAGUCGAGGGCAGUGGCCUGGGACCCGGCACCUACAACCUGCGGAGCAGCAUCGACGAGGUGGUGCGGCGGGCGGGGGGCUGCCGCCCCCCCCCGCCUCCCCGCGACAGGAAGAAGCCUGCUGGUGGUGGCCGUGGUGGCCUGGAGGGGAGAGACACCAAGCGAACCACCAGCACUGUCAAGGGUUUCGUGGAUGAGCUGAUGUUGAAGGAGAACAAGAAGAAAGGCUGCUUCAGCACCCUGCCAAGGAACCCGGCCUGCCCCACGGAGAGGAUCUUCUGGGCCACGCUCAGCCAGUGCCCCAGGGAGGCGUAUGCAGUGGGGCCAGGCUCAUACGACCCGAAGCCCGUUCAGAGAUCCGUGUGCUCCAGCCAACCCGCGUUCGGGUCAUCUGCCAAGAGGUUUGACAGGAAGUCCUUCCGGCUCUUUACCGGGAAUGAGCAGCAUCAGCAGCAUGUUGUAGGGCCAGUGCAGAACCAUGUAGGUGUUGGUCGCUACGACAUCACCAGGAAGGAGAAAUACCCCCCAAAGAUGAGGUACCAGUCCCUGUACCGGUGCGACACGCAGCGUUACCUGAGCGACCUGCAGCGGGACACCUACUUGCUUGAGCGGCUCAGGCCUGUUGCUGAAAACAAAUGGAGUGGUUUGAUUUCUGCUCCACGUUGUCCAGAUAACUCUGCCCCUGCUGUUUUCCAAACAUAA